AAGGAUACAUGUAUGCAUUUCAUAAAGUAAGUAUACUGUACCACACAUGCUCACUUCACUGCCACGUGAAAAGUAUUUCAGCUAGCUGCCUAUAUAAGUAGCUGAGGUUGCUCACUGUUGCUGUGCUAAGACUAAGUCUGAAAAGUUGCCAAGCGAGAUUGAUUCAGAUUGUUAAACAUCUGUGGUAGCGACAUUGCGACAAUUGUAGUGCCAGUAUGACCACGAGGACUGUAACGAACAGCUCAAAGAAAUAUUACCUCCUGGAGUUUAAAGUAGACAAUGGUCUCGUCGUGGUACCAGAGGAGGCAUUAGGAGGAGGUUCCAUUGAAAUAAAUGAAGAAAUCAUUUACAAGAAGUAUGCCUGCAUUGUAGUCGACAAAGGAAGUGAAAAGGAUAUGAUGAUGAAAGAACAAAUAUAUUUGGACAAUGAUGAUGAAGUUACUGAUACUGCUGGAAAAUCUAAUGAGAAAGGGGCUAAGAAGAAGAGAGUUUUGAAUGAUGAAGUUACUGAUACUGCUGGAAAAUCUAAUGAGAAAGGGGCUAAGAAGAAGAGAGUUUUGAAUGAUGAAGUUACUGAUACUGCUUGGAAAUCUAAUGAGAAAGGGGCUAAGAAGAAGAGAGUUUUGAAUGAUGAAGUUACUGAUACUGCUUGGAAAUCUAAUGAGAAAGGGGCUAAGAAGAAGAGAGUUUUGAAUGAUGAAGUUACUGAUACUGCUUGGAAAUCUAAUGAGAAAGGGGCUAAGAAGAAGAGAGUUUUGAAUGAUGAAGUUACUGAUACUGCUUGGAAAUCUAAUGAGAAAGGGGCUAAGAAGAAGAGAGUUUUGAAUGAUGAAGUUACUGAUACUGCUGGAAAAUCUAAUGAGAAAGGGGCUAAGAAGAAGAGAGUUUUGAAUGAUGAAGUUACUGAUACUGCUGGGAAAUCUAAUGAGAAAGGGGCUAAGAAGAAGAGAGUUUUGAAUGACGAAUUUACUAUCAUUGACGUUGUGAAAUCAAGCAAACCAUCUUUCACCAGUAAUACUGAUGAUCAUGAUGUUACUAUAAUUAAUUCUGAUUCUUCAUCAAAUACUUCAUUUUCUAAUUCAAGCUACAACACGCCACCACCUUCGUCAAAAACUCACGACAUCAUUGACAAUUAUCAUUUUCUUCCGAAGGAAAAAUGUUCAUGCAUAAUUAGCAAUGAAAGAAUCGAAAGAAAAGUUAAAAAAAUGGAGAAAUUCCUUUUUAAAUAUGGAUACACAUAUACUGAUGGUGGUGAUGAUGAUGACGAUAUUCCUCCCCUCCCUCCUCCAAUCGUAAAGGAUGAUUUGACCUCGUGCAAUCCAUUCAGCACUCCAACUAAUGGGCCAUCAAAGUACUCAUUGGAAACUCUUGAGAAUUUUCCAUCAACAAACCCGUUCAAAACUCCCACAAAUCCUCCAUCAACGAACCCGUUUGAAACUCCCACAAAUCCUCCAUCCACGAACCCAUUCCACAACCCAUUUAUAACUACUACAAAUUUCCAGACUCCUCAGCAACAAACUCCUCCUGCCCUUCCUCCACUAAUACCACAAUUAGACCUUUCUUAUAUCAAAAGGAACAGCUCUUCACGACCAAACUUCUCUAAAAACCUGAUUUCUCAGCUAAUUGAUGAGGAUGAGUGGGCAAGACAAAAUGUCAGUGGAACGAGGGGUAAGGAUGCUAUAAACCAAGACAUCAUAACAUAUGUGAAAACAUGUACGUUUUACAUGUAUCCAGCUCAAGUGGGGGAGGACCUGAAUACUGCUUGGAGACAAUGCACACGAGCGAUAGAUGCUGGAUCGAGGGGAAUUAUCAGGAAAAAGAAGAUUUAGUUUGUUGUUAUGUGAUUUGAUGAAAAAUAAAGAUAAAACUUUAUAAAACAUAAUGUAAUUGUAUCAGCCUACAGACAGGGAGUUCCAUGGAACCCCCCCUUGACAAAAGAAGUUGUCUUCUGUUACAAUUUUCCUCCAACACAAAUAUUGUUAGAAUACAGUACACAGUCCUUGUGAAAUAUAAUACAGAUGGAUGUACAAUUAUGCCUCUUACAUCUUCCACUAAAGUAUCUCCUUUGCACAUCAUAAAGAUAUCUUAUUUUCUUUCUUUGGUAGUACCACCUCACCCCUCCCAUUAACCAUACCCUCACCACUCCCACAAAUUUUCAAAAUUAAUACAUUAAUAUUUGUUAUUUACAAUAACAUAUUUACACUUUAUAUUGUAAGUACAUGUACCAUUGGUGGCCUUGGACUGUCCCUUCUAAAGGAAGACAAUAACGGUAGUAACUCAUUAAAAUAAAUUUAACAAACAGAUUUAUUUCUCUUUUGGCGUCGUCGCC